AUGAGCGAAGAUGAUGUUAUAAGUGAUGAAAACGCAGAGCGAAUGGAUUAUGAUGAGCGAUCAGCCAAAGUGAAUGUGAAUUCAAACAGCAGCUGUGACGACGAAUAUGCAAGAAAUACUACAUUAACUGAUCGUGCUAUUGUGAUUUACAGCUCUUUCAUUGGAAUCACUCUUAUUCUCGUGCUCGCAUUCGUCAUCGCACGGACAUGGAGGCGGAGUAUUCACUGUCAAGUCUGCCCUCAUCGGCCGCUCUCCGAAUUCAACGCCGCCGAACUUGCGGCCAGUCACCACGGUGGACACGAAACAUCCAAAUUAGACCCAAAGCCCUCUACUUCAAGAGACCAUCGGACUCACCAUGCUCUCCCUCAACCAGUGACCAUGGACAGAUAUACAACGGGUCCCGGUCCCGGUAACACUCUCCAAGAUGUUGGCCAUGAAUAUGCAACUGAAAUAUUUUACAUUUGAGCUUGCUCUUCAGCAUAGAGCACGGACGUGUUAAUGGGUAUUUCGAGGCUGUUGCCACCCCCCCCCCCCCCUCUUUUAUAAUAAAAAAUCAUUCUAAUCACUUUACUGUAAUUUUCAUUAAAC